AAGCAGCUUCGCACAGAGAGAGGAAAUGUCUGUUGACAGCAGCGUAAAUAAUCAGAAUCAGAUCCCUGACAGGUUUUAACCCACUUUCUGUCCUCUUACAUCUGUCCAGCAGCGCUUUUUGGCAUUUCGACCUGGCGUGAGCUCUCAAGGUAUGGAAUAUGGCAGCGCCUGAAACGCAGCUUAUGUUAAGCGUGGGGCUAAUCGAGAAAGAUGUGAAUGGAGACACAUUGUGGGUGUGGUGCUAUCCAUCUGUGGGUGGUGAACUAAGGAGAAUCCUGCUCAGUAAGUGCUGCCUGACGCAGGACGGCCGUGAUUUUCACACCUUUGUGUUUGGUCAGUUCUCUCGUACCUGGUACUACAUCACUACGGUGGAGGUACAGGAACCAACAGCACUAAACAAGGUGACUCAUUUUUCAGUAGUCAUUACAGCAAAAGACUUCAACCCUGAGAAGUAUGCUGCACUCAGUAGAAUACUCUGCAGGAUGUACGUCAAACACGGCAGUCCAGUGAAAAUGAUGGAAGCCUACAUCACUGUCCUCACCAAAGGAAUCUGUCACAGUGAUGAAAACGGCUCGUUUCUCAUCAAGGACUACGAUGUUCGGAAAGCGUAUUUGGCAGGUUCGGUCAAAGAUGUGGUGUCUCAGUUUGGGAUGGAGACCAUCAUCCUGUAUACAGCCCUGAUGCUGAAGAAGAGGAUUAUUGUCCAUCACCCCCGGAUUGAAGCGUUGUUGGAGUUUACAAGAAUUCUGCCGGCUCUGGUGUGGCACAGGAAAGACUGGUCCAUCCUGCACCCGUACGUCCACCCGACUGAUGCUGAACUGGAGGAUUUAAAGAAAUGCCCUGGAUACAUAGCAGGGUUUGUAGAUCCAGACGUGAGCAACAGAACGGACUUGUUUGAUGUGUUUGUGAACCUCCCAGACAGCACCAUCACAGUAUCCCAGAGUGCUAAAGAGGCCAUGACUAUGGGGAAGUUACACAAGGAUAUUGGCCAACUCAUCGUGCAGUCUGCGGAGGACGCUGAGAGAUCAGACAGUCAGGUGAUUAAGGACAUUUCUGUCAAGACUAAAGAGAUCCUUGCGAAUCUGGUUGCCCUCGCUGAUGAGUGUGAAGACUCUAAAAUCACACUGGAAGGUUUAAAGCAGCAUCAUUUCCCUCCAGUGACGGAGAACUUCCUCUUUCAUUUGGCGGCUGCAGAGCAGCUCUUAAGGAUAUAAACCUGUUUUCAAACACUCUACUGCAGGUUACUGUCAGCAGCAUGGGCUCACGGGGGGUUCACUACUAUUUUCUUAAAGGUGCGUUCUUAAUGUGAGGAAGAAAAGUCCCCCCCAGCAUCAGAUUUGAUUGUGCACCGCUGAGCUAAUAUGUCAGGCGACUCUUGUAUCAAUAACAGGACCAAUGAAAGGAUCAGUCGGGCAAUAUUCAAUGUUUUUUUUCCUAACAGAUGUUCUUUAAACACAAAGCGCAAAACUAAAUGAAUCUGCAGCCUGAUAUUUAAAAAAAAAAAAAAAU